UAUUUUACAAGUUGUGCCUAAAAAAAUACGUGAAAGCUACGUCCUUUUCCCCUCCAAAAAUCUUGUACCCAAGUUCUUCAUGGCCGCAUUUUCUCUUUCCUAUUGAUGUUUCACAAACAUAUAUGUAUGCUCAUUCCUCUAAAACAUCCUACGUACCUUUUUCAUAUAUAGCUUUUCUAAGAACCCAACUUUCCUGAAUCUUUGUUCCCUCGUGAUUUUUUUAUAGCACAAUGAGGAAUUCAAGAAAAAGCAAAAUGGCAACAGAAGAGAACAGCCACCCCAAACAAGCGUUUGGGAAUGUGCUACAAUCUGAUCCUAACGAAGAUGAAUAUUCUUUUCGAAUAAGCCACACAUCAGAAACUAGCCAUACAAAUUGUGAUCGUCCUCCUCCUCGAUUGAGUUCCGAUUAUAGCUCUCCUCUAGCUACAUCUCCGACAUGGGACCAAUCAUCAUCUCCGUAUUUAGAUCCCUCUUGGGACCAGAGUCACCAUACAUCGCCAUUAUCAAAAUCUCCAUGGACAUCUCACAUCGAGAAUAAUACUAAUUAUUCAUAUACAGGGCUCAUGGGGUCCCUUGUUCGCGAAGAAGGCCAUAUAUAUUCUUUGGCAGCUUCAGGGGCUUUGUUAUACACGGGAUCCGAUAGUAAGAAUAUAAGAGUGUGGAAGAAUCAUAAAGAAUUUUCCGGAUUCAAAUCGAAUAGCGGAUUGGUAAAGGCAAUUAUUAUUUCCGGAGAAAGAAUUUUCACGGGUCAUCAAGACGGAAAGAUCCGACUCUGGAAGGUUUCUGGCAAGGAUCCAAGCGUUUACAACAGAAUUGGAACUUUACCAACUUUAAUGGCUUAUAUAAAAACUUCAAUGAAACCAAGCAAUUACAUCCAAAUAAGGGGAAAUCGAAAUACCGUGUGGAUAAAGCAUUUUGAUGCCAUUUCAUGCCUUAGCAUGAGCGAGGACCAAAAGCUCCUGUAUUCAGCAUCUUGGGAUAAAACCAUAAAGGUUUGGAGAGCAUCGGAUUCUAAAUGCUUGGAAUCAAUAAAAGCCCACGACGAUGCUGUAAAUUCCAUCGUUGUAGGCUUUGACGGGCUACUUUUUUCAGGCUCUGCUGAUGGAACAGUAAAAAUAUGGAGAAAAGAAUCACAGGGGAAAGGAACAAAACACUUCUUUUCACAAACAUUGUUGAAGCAAGAAUGUGCUGUAACAGCUUUAGCUGUUGACCCUUCGUCGAAUUACCUCUAUUGUGGCUCCUCGGAUGGGCUAGUCAAUUUUUGGCAGCGCAAUAAGCUUCUAUCUCAUGGCGGAGUUUUAAGGGGUCAUAAACUUGCAACACUCUGUUUAGCAGCCGCGGGGAAUUUAAUUUUCAGUGGAUCAGCUGAUAAUAAUAUUUGCGUGUGGAAAAGGGAAGGAGGGGAACAUAUAUGUUUAUCGGUAUUAAGUGGACAUUCUGGUCCGGUUAAAUGCUUGGCUGUUGAAGAGGACCAAGAACAAACAGGUGGUGAUACACAGUUUAUUGUUUACAGUGGCAGCCUCGAUAAAUCAGUGAAGAUAUGGAGAAUAUCGUCGCAGUUGGUGCCAAACCAGGCCGAAGCGGGGACGAGUCUGCCGCAAAUUUUUCCUUCAGGUAGUAGCUGCAGAGUUAGCCAAAGGAGAAAGUAGCAAUGGUGGGAAACUGGAAAUCGGAGAAUUUUUUUUUUCUUUUGACAAUUGUAUAGACGCAACUAGCGUUGGAAAUUGACCUAGUAAAAAUUAUAUAUCUAUUUCUAGCUUUGCUGAGAAAUUGUAAAUGAAGACUUUAUUUGUAUUUUCACCUAUUGGAGUUCUACAAAAAUGUC